UUUUUCCUAUAAUAGGCCCCUCGCCUCUUCAUUCCUAUCACAACAUCAUUUCACUGUAAGCUGUAUUUCUGCAGCUAAAAUGGUUUUUACUCUCUGGUAUUUCCUUCAAUCCAGCCCUGAAGCUUCUGUUCCUUUCCCAUGGGAACGCUGCUUUGAUGCUAGGGACCAGAUACUGUACUACAAGAACGCCUUAAAUGAAACAAUUGUAAUUGAUCUAAGGACUAGAGUGAAUCUAGGAGGAGGUCUGUUUCACCGGAGCAACAUGUGGUUUGACCUGACCGGACGGUGCUGCCGCCACUGUGACCAUCAGCAUUCUCUCUUCAGUGAAAGAAGGCAAUACGAGCAAGACCCACCUUUCAUGAUAAAAGCUCAUUGUUGUGGCCCUCUGGUCUACUUGCUUCUGCCUGAAAUGGUCCAUCGCUGCCCUGUCUGUGAUUGCCAUCUUCUUUAUUUUGGUUAAGUUAUCAAAAUCAUUAUAUGUACUCAUAAAGUGAGUUUUGGAAGUACAAGAAUAAUUUUCAUUCAAAAAUA